UGUCGACUUUUGGAGCACGGUGUUUUCGUUUAACAGCCAUGUUGACCUGUAUGGGACUGGAUUUCUAUCUUUCGGCGAGGACUUGAGGCGUUUUCCACACGAGAACAUUAUGCCCAAGUGCGAUGUCAAGACCAGAUACAUACCAGCAACGUUCGCGUGGACUUUGCUGAUUGUAGCCACCACUUUGUUCUUCUAUUACCCUGCCCAGUACUAUAUACCCAAACACCCAUGGGUGCCCGCGUACCAGGGAGUUAUCACAUUUUUCGUGUUGGCAAAUUUUACGUUAGCAACUUUCAUGGACCCGGGGAUCAUACCCAAAGCGCCCCCUGACGAAGAUAGGGAAGAUGAUUUUAGGGCACCUUUGUAUAAAAAUGUAGAUAUUAAUGGUAUUACAGUUAGGAUGAAGUGGUGUGUUACGUGUAAAUUUUAUAGGCCACCGAGAUGUUCACAUUGUAGCGUUUGCAAUCAUUGUAUAGAGACAUUUGACCAUCACUGUCCUUGGGUAAACAAUUGUAUAGGCAGAAGGAACUACCGGUUCUUCUUUUUCUUCCUCAUAUCGCUCAGUAUACAUAUGAUAAGCAUAUUCUCGCUGAGUCUCGUCUACGUUCUCCACUACACACGGAGCUUUACGAAUACCGAGCCAAUCGUCGCUAUGGUACUCAUGGGUCUGGUUGCGCUCCUCGCUAUCCCGAUUUUCGGACUGACGUGUUUCCAUAUGGUGCUGGUGUCACGUGGCCGUACUACCAAUGAACAGGUCACCGGUAAAUUUAACGGCGGUUACAACCCGUUCUCUCGGGGAUGCUGGGACAACUGCUGUUACACCCAGUUCGGACCGCAGUACCCCAGCUUGAUCAAGCCGCACAAGUACAACGCAAAGCGGAAACACUGUCCGCACGGUCCGAUCGCGACGAUCACGAACGACAGCCAAGUGAAGACGUACAUGGACAACAGCAACGGAGUGCGCGGCAUCAAUUCGCACGCGUACAACAAGGCGGCAUACUUUCAGAUGUCCCCCGGCAGGGAGGGCUGCGAAAUGGACAUGGAACCGUCCGCGUCGCAGUCGCAGGACUGCGAGCCCACCCCGCCCCUCCAACGGCACGGCUCGAAGAGUAACUUUUUCCUGCCGCCGGCGGGCGACCAGGGCGGCGAUUCGCCCCGCCAUCCGGCGGCGGUCGUCGUGCCGCGGGGCCUCCACUAUCCGGCGAGGGGCAGCCCGCACCCGCGGCCCCGCGGACUCGAUCCCCUGCGGGGCCCCACACCCGACAAUUUAGGUCCUCAAAGGGCGUCCCCGACCAUGCAGCAGAGGAUCAAGGCUCUGGGGGUGCCGACGCCAUUGGCCAUGUCCAGUCCCGUAAGAAGGUCGAACCCGAGCACGCCUACUCAGCCGCGUCGGCCCGACUUCAUCGGCGUCGUCUACCAGAACCAGUCCGGGCCAUACUACGAGUUUCAGGGGGCGGACGCGGCCACCCACCAACGUCAGACGACGUCCCAGGCGUACGGCGGCAGUCCGCAGAGGCGGUUCAUGUCCGAGGGCGAGCUUGUCCGCCAGGAGGCGCAGCUGUCGUAUCCGAGGUCGAACAAUACUGUCGACAACAUCAGGGAGUUAGCGAACUCGCCGCAGAGGGGCGUCUACAUGUGGAAGGACACUUCGCCCGGUUACCCGCCCCCCGCACCUCAACAGCCCGACUUUUACCGGUCGAACCCUACUAGUCCGACGCAGCAGGUGUACGCCCAACAGCCGAGGACUUACCAUCCCGCGACGAGGGGUGGGGUCGCAGUUUAUCCGCCGCAGAGUCCCCAGGUGCACCGGAAAUUGGGGCCGGCGUCCGACAACAGACGACGACCGAUGUCUUUCGUGAGGGCGCUUGAAAUGUCGGACGGGGUCGAAUUAAACGCGCAGAAUUCGCAAUGUCCUACGCAGAGACCGCCCACACCGGACCGCACCAGCGUCUACGACAUGAACUACGAGAUAUCGGUAUAGGACAGGUGUCGGCACUCGUACCGCCGGAACGAGUGUUAGUUUCUCUGUAUCAGAGAUCCCCCCUCUCUCCCGUACCUCCCCCCCCCAACCACGGGUCCUUUUACGACGACCGCGGAUGUAACAUAAAACGUCACCUUUCAACGAUAUCGGCCCCCCCCAAAAAUAGAUGCGACGACAUUUUUGGUGGUUAUGUUGUUGCGGAACCCCCUUCAUGCAUCUACAUACACCAAAAAAAAAAGCGUUUUGUCAAAUUUUAACGGUAAAAUGGUGAAAAUAACGAUCAUGUCGGUUCGAUAACGUCGAUCGAAAUGAAACGGGAACAACGGAGUUAAUGAUUUUAUUAGACUUUAACCCUUGUCUCCGCAAAAGUGCCACACAGACGGCCGUUUUUUACGUCAUCGGUCAUAGAAGCGUACUUGUGGGGUCUUUUAAAAAAAGACUUUUUUUAGUCAAAUAACUUUUGAAAACACACUUUUGAAAAAUAUUAAAAAUUAUAAAAAAGACGCCUAAACCAUUUAUUAGAAUUUUUCCAUUGUGUGGUAGAUCUGAAAACAUGGAGUUCCACACAAGUCUCUGUGACUUUUCUUACACAUAUAUCUGGAAACCUUUCUAUGUUUUUCCUUUGCUGUUGAGCCUUUGCUUCUAGAGCCGGUUUUUGUCUUUUCCGUUGAGGGAAGUAAUGUGGGGAAAUGUCUGUUCUGUAUUCUGGCUAUAUCAGCAGUUGCAGAAACAGAAGUGGGCUUGUUGCCAUUGGAUUUGUAUCUGCAACAACAAAAAUUAACGUCAUUGAGAAUAAUCGGCAAUAUAUGUGAAUAAUAGCCAUUAAAAUGUAUACAAACCUUUUGAAAAUUCCAUGUAAAAGAUUUUAUUGAAACUGGACAAGUCUGUUUCAUGUAAAACAUGGCAUCCAAUGUAUGAAAGACUAAUCUCUUGUACCAUUUUAUAUUCUUCCUCAUGAUAUCCCAUUUGUUUAUUAUAGUUAAUCACACAUUCAGGUGGCAUUGUCAGUUUUAUCAAGUGUAACCAUUUUGUUUUUGUGCAUUAUUGUUAUCGUCAUCGUGUCUCUCCUGUCUUUCCAUUUCAAAACCUGUCAUCUUUUUCUAAUUGUUCUUUUACAAUCGGCAUAGGUCUAACAGUCCCACAAGAAUUUUUUUUUUUUGUAAAGAAAAUAUGAUAAGAUCGGACUGCUAUAGGAAUUAUCUGUAAACAAGGAGUGACCUUUGUUUAGAUGCGGUUUCAUGAGCUGAGCAGUUGUUCCCAAUUGUAUGGCGUUUAUUUGUUAUAUAUUGCUUAAAAAGAAGUAUUCCAUUAAACAGUAUCAUACUUUCAUCAAUCACAAAAAGUUAGAAUUGUGUGAUAGAAACCUUCGCUUAUUGAUCUUACUUUAUGUAAUAUAUCACCAGUUUCAGCAUUCUCGUUGUUUGAAAAAUGCAUUUUUUUAGCAUUUUUGUAAGUAUGUCUUUUGCCAUUUUUUUGCUGGAAAGUAUAAAAGAGGAUCUGUUGACCAAUAUGUGAAAAACUCAUCUAAAUCAAGAUAUAUAGCAUGUAUAGCAUAUCAGUUAUGAAAGGAGAUAUAUCUUCAGUAAAAAGAUUGAACAAAUAAUCUGUUUUUGGUGAGUCUUCUCUCAAUGUCAUGUCCUUUACUCCACUCUGGCUGUCAUCAAGUUCACGCAACUUAGACACAAAGUUCUUUUUUGUCCAGUGCUUCAUCGAUGUCUUCUGCAAAACUGUUUCCUUCAUCCGCUAACAUCGCUUAGCAUAUAUUCGCUACCACUUUCUAUAAAUGGGUCCUCUUCACCUCUUAUUAUUUGUUUUUGUUUUGUAAAACACUUACACGUGACUAUCAUUGCAAAAGUCAUUAAAUAAUUUCAUCACUUGAUAGAGAACACCUUUAAUCAGCUCUUUUAAUAACUUAGGGCAAUCCACUAAUUAAUUGAGAGAGAGAAUUAAUGAAUGACUCAUACAAUUGCUGUGAUUUUUCCAAUAAAGGGCAUAGUCAAACAUCACAUGACUUAAAUUCGCAGUGUCCAAAGGGUGCAACUUUAAUUCUAUUUAGAUUGUGCAGGAGAACAACAAUGGUUGCUUCUCAGUCUACACAUAGAUCUAGAUCCAGCUUACGAAACCUGUGUUUAGAUUAGAAAUAGAUUUCUAUCUGUCGCCCCAAGCAUUCCGGAUGUUAUGCUUUAAUUUAGGCAAAAACUCUCUAAAACUCAAUUUUAUAUUCUCCUGUGAUCCUAAGCGAGCAGCAUUGGGAAUCUGGUCAGCAAUAUAGUUCUCUUUUAUUAUGGUAUGGCUAGGUAUCCAGCAUAGUUAGAUGUCCUUUUUUUGAGUUUUUAUUAAGGUAAUUAGUUGUACUGAAGUGGCUUUUACUUGAUGAAAAUCCAUUUAAAAUAGUUAAAUAAGAACAAAUGUGAAAAUCUGAACAACGUUUGUUUUUAUUUAACUAAGGUAAUUAGGUUAUUUUUUCAGUUGAUAUCUUCAAGGGCCACUUUUCGGGUGUGAAAAGGUGACUGCUUUGUUGAUGUCAUCGAAUUCAAUCCAAUAGCGUAAAUGUGGGCAGAGCAAGUCAGGUUAUUUUCAUGCAGUCUUCUUCUCACUGAAUAAUUUCGGAUUUUUUACGUCUUGUAUUGUUUGUUCUCGCCGAUUGUUAAUUAAUAAUCCAAUAAAUAUGAAGCCUGCAUUUCCAUAACCAUUUCCAUUUUACCACAGUCUUAGCGUUACAGCAAACGUGCCGUAAAAACAAAUAAUCCGUGAAAGAGUGCUUUAUUCUACUUUCACCGGUUGUUUUGGUUUCAUUAAAACCGGAUAAAAUAAACAAAACAUUUGCUUCAGUCGUGGGAAUUUUUCUUUUCCACCAUUUUUUUUCUUGCUUUGAGAAACAUUCUUCACCACUUAAUUUUGUCCUUCCAGCUAUCCUCUCGUCUUCUCUUCUCAUUGGAUCCAUGCAUAUCAUUUCUGAUACUUAUGCGAUAAAACUCAACAUAACACUUAAACAAAUUUAUGCACGCUUCUUCAUAUAAUAGCUUACUGUCUGUCCAUUUAUAAAAUUUAUCUACACUGACGUGUAUGGUAAUCUUUCGGUAACCUUUAAAAUGUAUUAAAUUAAUCACCUCAAUCUCAUGGUAAGUCACAUGACGAUCUUGCAAAAUAAGUUUCCGCACUGCAUCAGUGUGCAGGACAACCACCGAUUUUGGACAAUCCUCACGAAAUUUAUCCUUAAGAAUAUUAAGACCACGACUGAAGUCCGAAAACCAGCGGUAAACAGUAGUCCUAGAUAGUGUUUUAACUCCAAAAGUCGAAUUAAGUUCAUCGAUGCAUUGUUGAGUUAAUCCAUAUCUAAAUUUGUAAAAAAAUAAUGCACGAAAAUGUUUCCAAGUUCCAGUUAUCACAAAAAACAAACACUCUUUCGCCAAAACCUCACCUCGAAAUAUCAAAAUUCAAUAUAAAAACGUUAAUCGCCAGAUGGCAGGACUAGUUUAAGAAAAUCCCGAAACAAAUACGGCUUUAUAGACACGUAGUGAAUAGGUUUAUCAAAAAUUUAUUCUGGCAAAAUACUUUACGUAUAACAUACAAAAAGUGACGAUCGAAAUCAAUAAUAAUUCUUUACGCCCAUUACGCGCACAAAGCAAAAAAUCAUUGUAAAUAUUGUAAGCUUCUUAAAAAUGGAGCAAUAUUGUUCUUAUGAUUUUUUGUUAUGAUAACAACCACUCUAUUUACAGAGGAUUUCACAGCAUAAACGAGUACUUAUUUUGUUAAUUCGAUAAGACUUUCUCAGUUUUACUUCGUUAUUCUGACCGACUGAGGUAAGAAAAAAACACUCCUCUUUAUAAAAGAAUUAACUUUCUUUCAGGCAAAUUCUUAUCACAUCAUGAAGUUUACUAUGUUUUUUAUAUAUAAAUAGCGACUGCUCUAUAACCAUCUUAACCUUUGUUUAUUGUUGUUUACUGUUGCCUUGCUUUACUUAAUGCAAUCGAUUGACGUCAUCGAACUGAUUUGACUUAAGCGAAGUGAUCGACAUAUAUAUUUGAGACUACGCUUUACUGUAGAACAUAACCUCGAAAGAUGAGAAAAACCCGAAAGAAAAAUAUUAACUUCUAACAACUAUGAUUUUAUUAUUUUAUAUAUAUAUAUAUAUAUAUA